CAAAGUAAAUAGUCUUAUAAAUAAAUGUUUUUUUCAUACCUUUUUUUCUUUCUUUUUAUUCUUCUCAUACUGAAAAGAAGAGAGAAAAAAUGCCCAAGGAAAAGUUUCAUUAUUUUGAUUAUGAUCGACUUAUUAGUAUAGAUUUUGGUUCUUCCUUGACAAAAUUUGCAUAUUACGAUAUCCGAAACGAAAAGCUCGAACUUGACUAUACAAGUACCUGUAGUAACCAACCUUCUGCCUGUUUAUACACGGUGGAGGAUGAAGAUUAUGACAAUGCAGUUUUAAAAGAAUGGGGCAAUGGAGCUGAAUAUGCACGACGUAUGAAUCUCGGUACAGUCUAUGUCGAUAACUUGCUGGACAAAGUCGACCAUCUUUUCCACCUUCAGCCCGAACCACUGGAGAAUGCGCUUGAUCGAUUCUUUAAACGAGCCGUGACAGACCAUUUGAGCAAGGUACACAGUUUUAUCAACUCGUUUAUUAACGAUAAGUACCGAAAGAGCUGUGAUGGAUCCAAGAACAGAUAUGUCAUGACUCAUCCAUCGCAUUGGUCCAAGGCACAAGUGAGUUAUCUAAAGUCGCUGGCGGUGGAAGCGGGAAUCGUCAGUGCAGGUGAUCAUCCACAGCGUUUGAUCAUGUAUGACGAGACAGAAGCCGUACUACGGUUUGUACAAGAGCAAAGCAAGCAUCACUCAAAGAGGGCUCAGCUAAAACAGGGACAUGAGUACUUGGUGUGUGAUGUGGGUGGGACAAAAGUAAAGAUGGGACAUUAUACCAUGAAGGAGCCUAUCCAUGACGGUGUCUUAGGUCAACGUCGCAUGCCUUGGCCCACCAACGAGAUUCCCAGUACAUUUGUCCAGGGCGGAAAAAAUAUUGUGGAAAAUCUCGAAUUGCUGGCCGUCAAGAAGUUAUAUCCCAAUCAUGACUUUGAGAUACAAUUCUUUGAAGACAAAUUUAUUGAUAGAAGAAAAGAAUUUGCAAAGUUAACUGUGGAACCAACCUUUCAAAGGAUGAUUGUGGGCUUUUCGGGUGAAUCAUCCGAGACACGAUAUAUUCCAAUCCCAUUUCGCUUACAAACCAAAUCAUUUCGACCUGACGAACUACAACGUAAAUUCUCAUUCCCGCGUAUCUUUGACGUCCAAAAGGACCGUGGCAGUGAUAAAUUAGCGAUUCAGACACAAGAGUUGAUUGACGAAGUAUACUAUCCUGUAGCAGAAAAAAUUAUGUCCUACAUCCGAAACGUCAUUCACCUCUAUUUCCACAAGGUGAAGGCCAUGAUUUUAGUAGGUGGCUUUCGGCACUCAGUUUUCAUGCUAAAUUUGAUCAAGAAGGCAUGUGCAGAAAAAAAACUGAUGCUGAUCAUACCGUCUGAAGAGGACACCAGUAGCGUAGACCAAGAUCGUUAUAGGAGCUUUGAGGUGGUAUGUGGCGCCAUCUUUAAAAGCAUGGAUACCUCGGCUGCACAAGACCCCGUGCCUAAAAUUGAAUAUGACGGAGUGAAGGAACCCGAAUUCGCUAAUGUCAUUAUCUAUCUCGAUUAUGGCCUGGAAAGUACCCGAUGUUCAUUUGCCACGGCUCAACACAUGUUUCAUAUCACUGAAUGGCCAGGCCAAGAUCACUUGUACGAUUUUAAUUUCCCUACAUUUAAUACUGUGCUUAUACCCAAGUAAGUAACAAAAAAACGAGACUGAUUGAUAAUUGGCUAACUCUAUUUUUUUCUUAACAAGAAGCAACGGAAAGAAAAUCCUAAGUUUGAAAGAAAAAGGAGUGAAUUUGGAUGAGAUGGGGUAUGAGAAAUAUUAUACAUUUGAACGAGAUGAGUAUGGGAUCACACUUGUAUCACAUACAAGAAGGUAUAAUGCGGACAUUGUGGACACAAACGAGGAGCAAGUAGAGUCACUGGAUAUAGCACAUAUUGUAGAGGAUCCGGUGCAAAAUAUGGUAUCUAGUGGAUCUGAAACGGAUGAAGAUAUGGAAUUAGAGAGGGGCUAUGAGGAGAAAGUACAGGAAGAGGAGGUAGAUCCGGCCGAGCUGGAGGCUUAUAUAGAACCUGAAUACAGCGAGUC